CAAAAGGUCAAAGAGAUCCUCAUUCGCAUGAACAAGUUCUGCGUUACGGAUGGUCCCAUUGUCAAGCCRCGCAAGCACGAGCAGCGCCUGCUUCGCAAUGUAGGCGUGCAUACAGUUGUCCUGGAUUUGCUACAGAAUCCCUAUGACGAGAAGGACGAUGUGCUGAUGAAAGAGCUGAUGUGCCUGGCGCAUGARUUCCUACAGAACUUCUGCCUAGGCAAUCAGCAGAAUCAAGUGCUGCUGCACAAUCAUCUUGAUUUGUUCCUUAAUCCAGGCAUUCUCGAGGCGAAAACAGUCUGCGCAAUCUUCAAGGACAACUUGGCGCUGUGCAAUGAGGUGACGGACAAAGUGGUGCAACACUUUGUGCACUGCAUCGAGAUCCAUGGCCGACAUGUGGCAUAUUUGCAGUUCCUGCAGACAAUCGUCAAAGCAGAGAACCAGUUCAUACGCAAGUGUCAGGACAUGGUCAUGCAGGAGCUCAUCAAUGCCGGCGAAGACGUGUUGGUGUUCUACAACGACAAGACCUCGUUCCACCACUUUGUGCAAAUGAUGCAGCAGCAGCAGCAGCAACGUGGUCAACAGCUCAGAGACGACAGUCCGCUGAAAUAUCAUGUGGAAUUGGUGAAGCUGCUCGCCUGCUGCACCAUGGGCAAGAACGUCUACACGGAGAUCAAGUGCAAUAAUCUGCUGUCGCUGGACGACAUUGUAACCAUCAUAUGCCAUCCGUUGUGCAUUCCCGAGGUCAAGGAGGCGUAUGUGGACUUCCUCAAUCAUUGUUAUAUUGAUACCGAAGUGGAGAUGAAAGAGAUCUAUGCCUCCGGUCACAUGUGGAGUCUGUUCGAAAAGAGUUUCCUGGUGGACCUUAAYCUGUUGAUAUCAAACACCUCAGCCACCGCUAACAAGACACUGCUGGCCUAUGUGCUGAAUGGUGUGACCAAUUUGCUGAGCAGCUUCUUCUCCAGCCCCUUCUCCGACCAGAGCACAAUAGUGCAGUCGCGGCAGGUGAUCUUUGUGCAACUACUGCAGGCCGUUUACCGGCUUACUCAAUGCAAGUGGCUAUCAUUGGCGGAUCGUUUCAACGUAGAAAACUGCAUCCGUACUCUGACAGAAUCAGCCAAGAUGCGCAGCAUUGUGCUGCCCUUGGARCUGGAGCAGCAGGURACUAAUAUGUCUAGCAAAACUGCAAUGCUAACACGACAGACGACCAAGUGGCUGCUGGCCUCCAAGCAGCCCAAGUAUGAUACUCAGCAGUCGGCCCAUCUGAUGCGCUGGGAUCGCUCCAUCAUUGAGGGAUUGCAGGACAUUGUCUCGCUGUUGGAGGAUCAACUGAAGCCGGUCGUCGAGGCGGAGCUUUCAUUACUAGUCGACAUACUUUAUCGUUCCGAACUGCUUUUCCCUGCGGGCACCGAGGCGCGUAAGCGCUGCGAGAGUGGAGGCUUCAUACGCAAGCUGAUCAAGCACACAGAGAAGUUGCUGGAGGAGAAGGAGGAGCGCAUGUGUGUGAAGGUGUUGCGCACUCUACGCGAAAUGAUGGCUAUUGAUGUCAACUAUGGCGAAAAGGGAGAUGCCCUACGUCAAACACUUCUGCUGCGCUACUUCCAGUGCAAGAGUGCGCCAAAGCUGGAGGAGGAGCACCCACAGCUGCCGACGGGCGUGGCGGCUGCUGCAGCUUUGGCYGCGGCGGCCGCCUCCGACCCGGCCAAGCAAUUGCAUUUGGUGACCCACGGACCUGGGGCCAAGUAUCUGRCGCGUGCGGACAAGACGCUGCACGAAAUGCAGAAUCACCUGGAUCGCGAGGGUGCCUCCGAUUUGGUAGUAGAGUUGGUCAUCAAAUCGGUGCAUUCACCCAACAUCUUUGUGGAGGCCGUGGAGCUAGGCAUAGCAUUGCUCGAGGGCGGAAAUCCAAUCAUACAGAAGGGCAUGUUCCAGAAGUUCCUCAGCGAUGAUCUAAAUCAAGCGUUCUUCAAGGUCUUCUUUGAGAAAAUGAAGGAUGCACAGCAGGAAAUUAAGUCGACGGUCUCCGUCAACACUACAGAUAUAGCAGCCAAAGCGCACGAGCACAAGCAAGAUACCAACAUGGAGCUAGACAAAAUCUCACGCAAGCACGGCCUCAAGAGCAAUGGGGUCGUCAUUACGGACGAGCUCAAACGGGAGCUGCACAAUGCAGGCCUGGCCACAGCACGCGCCUACGGCAACGCGCGGAACAUACACUCGGGCGAGGAGAGCUCAGCGAUCAGUGUGAAUAGCCCGCUGGAGGACAUACUGGCCGAGAAGUUGGAGAAGCAUCGAGACAGCAAGGAGCAGCGCAACCAGCUGUCGAACAAGGUGCUCGUCAUGCAGCCCAUUCUACGCUUUCUGCAAUUGCUUUGUGAGAACCACAAUCCAGAUCUGCAGAAUCUGCUGCGGAAUCAGAACAACAAAACCAACAAUAAUCUCGUGUCCGAAACACUCAUGUUCCUCGACUGCAUCUGCGGCUCUACCACGGGCGGCCUGGGUCUACUCGGCCUCUACAUCAACGAGCACAAUGUGGCGUUGAUUAAUCAAACUCUGGAGACACUCACCGAGUAUUGCCAGGGGCCGUGCCACGAGAACCAGAACUGCAUUGCCACCCACGAGUCGAACGGUUUGGAUAUCAUCACCGCUUUGAUAUUGAACAACAUAAAUCCGUUGGGGGAGAAUCGCAUGGAUCUGGUGCUGGAGCUGAAGAACAAUGCCUCCAAACUGCUGCUGGCCAUUAUGGAGAGUCGUGGCGACAGUGAGAAUGCGGAGCGCAUACUCUACAACAUGAAUCCCAAGCAACUGGUCGAGGUAGCCUGCAARGCYUAUCACCAGGAAGAACUCAUUGAYGAGCAGGAUGAUGGAGAUGAGCCGAGUGCCGCCACAGAUGACGACGAUGCAACGGUCAGUCCCCGCGAAGUGGGYCAUAACAUUUACAUWCUUUGCCAUCAGCUAGCACAGCACAACAAGGAGCUGGCGGCCUUGCUCAAGGCCUCUGAAGAUCCGCAGUCGGCCAGCUUCGACGCGAAAACA